UGGCCCGGUGGCACGAUGACGGCGUCUCCCGACUACCUGGUGAUUCUCUUCGUGACCACGGCGGGCACCAACGGGGCAAGGUUGGGCUCAGACGAGCGAGAGCUGCUCCAGCUCCUGUGGAAAGUGGUCGACCUGAGGAGUAAGGAGCUGGGGCACCUGCAUGACGUGCUGGUCCGGCCUGACCACACAGAACUGACGGCUGAGUGCCAGGAGAUCACGCAAGUGGAUGUGGAGAGCCUGGCACUGGCUCCACCGCUGGAGCAGGCAUUGAGACAGUUUAAUCAGUCCGUGAGCAAUGAACUGAACAUUGGUGUAGGUACUUCUUUCUGUUUCUGUACUGAUGGACAGUUGCACAUUAGGCAGGUUCUACACCCUGAAGCUUCCAAAAAGAAUAUUUUACUGCCUGAAUGCUUCUACUCCUUUUUUGACUUGCGGAAAGAGUUCAAGAAGUGUUGCCCUGGCUCACCUGAAGUUAGCAAGCUUGAUGUUGCAGCCAUGAGAGAAUAUUUAAAUCUUGACAAGAACAGUCCAGCACUUCCCUAUGGAGCCUCUCAAGUUGAAGAUAUGGGCAAUAUUAUUUUAACAUUAAUAUCUGAACCAUGCAAUCACCGAUUUUCAGAUCCAGAAAGGGUGAACUACAAAUUUGAAAGUGGGCCUUGCAGCAAGAUGGAACUUGUGGAUGACAAUGCUGUUAUCCGAGCACGAGGAUUGCCAUGGCAGUCAUCUGACCAGGACAUAGCAAGAUUCUUCAAAGGUCUAAAUAUUGCCAAAGGAGGUGCUGCACUCUGUCUCAAUGCCCAGGGUAGGAGGAAUGGGGAGGCUCUUGUGAGGUUCGUAAGCGAAGAGCAUAGAGAUCUAGCACUACAAAGGCACAAGCAUCACAUGGGGAACCGAUACAUAGAGGUGUACAAGGCAACAGGUGAAGACUUCCUUAAAAUUGCAGGAGGUACUUCCAAUGAGGUUGCACAGUUUUUGUCAAAAGAAAACCAAGUGAUUGUCAGGAUGCGAGGUCUUCCUUUCAAUGUAACAACAGAAGAAGUGCUGACUUUCUUUGGCCAGCAUUGCCCUGUAACAGGAGGAAAGGAGGGAGUCCUGUUUGUCACUUACCCUGACAGCAGACCAACAGGAGAUGCCUUUGUUUUGUUUGCUUGUGAGGAAUAUGCACAAAAUGCACUGAAAAAGCACAAGGAUUUGCUGGGGAAAAGGUACAUUGAACUCUUCCGGAGCACUGCAGCAGAAGUUCAGCAGGUGCUGAACAGGUACUCUUCCACACCUCUCAUUCCUCUCCCAAGACCUCCAAUUCUUCCAGUAUUACCUCAACAAUUUGUGCCUCCCACUACCAUCAGAGACUGCAUACGUUUGCGUGGUCUUCCCUAUGCUGCUACUAUAGAGGACAUUCUGGAGUUCCUGGGAGAGUUUUCUACAGAUAUUCGGACCCAUGGAGUUCACAUGGUACUAAAUCACCAGGGACGUCCAUCGGGAGAUGCUUUCAUUCAGAUGAAAUCUGCAGAUCGAGCUUUUCUGGCUGCACAGAAGUGUCAUAAGAAGACUAUGAAGGACAGAUAUGUUGAAGUCUUUCAAUGUUCUGCUGAAGAGAUGAACUUUGUAUUAAUGGGGGGCACUUUAAAUCGAAAUGGCUUGUCCCCACCACCAUGUAAGUUACCAUGCAUUUCACCCCCUGCCUAUUCCUUUCCGGCUCCUGCUGCAGUUGUGCCAACAGAAGCUGCUCUGUAUCAGCCAUCCAUGCUUCUGAACCCACGAACACUCCAGCCCUCCACAGCCUACUACCCUGCUGGGGCUCAGCUCUUCAUGAACUACACAGCAUAUUACCCCAGAUAAAGCAAGGAGAACCCAAGCAGCAACAAAGAAGUCUUUUUUUUUAAUUGUCCCAGCAAAUGCACAAAGCUCACAAAAGAGCAUUGUCUACUCUGCUAAGGACUUUUGAUACUACGAACAGCUUGUUUGGUAUCUUGUUCAGGGAAAUAAUUUCAGGAUAACUAGGGAUUCUCCUAGUUUCAGGGUAUUGCAGGUAGCAAUGUUUGGGGGGCAGGGAGGCUAGUUAGUGUGUUUGGUUGGUUUUUUUUUAACCAGGACACACAUUUAAGUGAGAUUUUUUUAUUAUUUUUGUUUCACCUAACAUUCCUCUCAAACAUACUAGUUUGCUUUGUUAUGCCCUCAGUGGGAAUUGACAUGUGCAGUACUCUUUCCCAUGUCUGUAAAGGAGCCAUUGGCCUCUCUUUAGCAUGGGUGGACUGGGGUCUGCCUUAGCAACUUCUGAAAUACUGCCUCUUUGUGUUUGUAACAAAGUAACUUUUGACCUUUAUGAUGAAACUGUAAACUUCUAUGACUACGUAUUGUAUUGAAUGCAUAUGUAAAGUAUAUAGAGGCAUGUAUUCUUCCUGUCCUCAUAAACACCUCUCAGAAAGGGCUUUUGGUUCUUUUGGAUGUAUUGGCCAUCUGCUACAGAAAAAAAUCUCUGGAUACCUGUUGCCCUCUGCAGUCAUGAGGCCUUGGAAGGAGCCAUGUUCCCUUGAAGCCAUAAACUAUUUCUUGUCUAUUAGGAAAUCUGCUAAACAACUCAAGUUUGGUUUUUGUUUUUUUGUUGUUGUUUUGGUUUUUUUUUUCUUGUUUUUUUGUGUUUUUUUUUUUUUAAUCUCUGCAGCAGGGACCAAAUAGCUACUUAGGAAGCCAAUAAGCAAUAUGAGCACUUCAAUACCUGUAAGAUAAAAGUUUUCUUAUUACUUUACCUAUAUGUCUGUGAAGUGACUUUUGUGGUUUUUUAUUAAAAUGUUUCCUUCACUCAUGUGUUACUUUCUAAAAUGCCUUCAAUAUCUGUUUUAUGGUUAUGAUAUUACUCAACUCAGCCUUGUUCAUGUAAGAUUAAGAAAAAUAAAAUUCCAAACUUGCACUGGCAAUACAAAA